AUUUUAUAAAAAUAAAUAGCAAUGCAAGCAGUAGAUCCCGUCAACGACUGGAGGGAUACAGUCCAAAACUACCAUAUGUCCAAAACAAAUCUUCAAUUUAACCAAGAACCUGUGAAGCACGUCAGACAUCAUGAAAUAAAGAAGAUUGAAACAAUGUAUAAUCCUAUCUUGCAAAAAUAUUCAGAUUCAUCAGUAGAAAAUCAAGUGAAGCAGGCUGAAAAUGAUAACUUAAUCGAUACUCUUGCUAAAAACAAAGACAGAGCUCUAAGAUAUGAACAGACUUUCGAUGUUAUUAACUUUGAUGAUAAAUUAAAGGGAUUAGAAAACCAGGAGGGAUAUCCCAAACCAAAACCUAAAAAUACAAAUAUUGUCGGAGGGACAAAGACUUUCACAGAAUAUAAUAUUCUUUCGAAUCUCUCUUUUAACGAACAUCAUUAUCUUCCUCCAGAAGAACGACCAAAAGCUCCUUCAGAUGAUAAGGAAAAAGUAACAAAGAAAGUAACAAAAACUGGCCUCAGAGAUUACAAUAUAAUAACAAACAGGUAUUUGGAACUAAAUGAUGAAAAAGUAGUCGUUGACAAAGAAAUUGAGCGCCUCAACGCAGCCAAGAAAUACUGGAAGACUCAUGACUACGACCCUGUCAACACCCAGUACUACGACCCUGACAAAGAGCAGGAGUUCGUGGACGAGAGAGAACACAACGCCAAGAUCCACGGCCAAGACUGGGUCCAGAAGCUGCCCAAGUCCUGGAAAGAAGAAGGCGGCCUCUACAACCCCAUCAACGGCAAAAUCGAAGACGAAAAGAGGCUCUGGGAGCGAGACCUCAAAGAGAAGAACAAGAGGAAGCGCUACGAAAAGAGGUACGACAUGGAGAGACAUGCUCGCAAAGUCGGCCUUGGCGAAGACGAAAGACAGCAGAAGAUUUCACUCAACAAAGUCAACAUCCAGAGGUUCAGAGACACCACCGAGAGAGGCUUCGACAUUUUGACGAACAAGCAGUUCAACAACCCUGUGGACGAAGGCAGCAAGACUCUGCACGAGCCUUUUGUGAAGCCUCCUGCGUCUACGUGGACUAAGAUCAAGGCUUCGGGGUCGAAUGCAUUUGACAGCUUCGAUCCUCAAGGUGAUCAGCAGAUUCAAGAUGGACGAAAUCCAUCAAACUCAAAUGCAUUUGAAGAGAAUACUGCAUCUGGAGAUCUCAAUGAUAGAGCAUAUGAUUCUCAGCAUUUCGAAUUUUCAAAUACUCAAGUUAUAGAAAGAAGAAGUAAAAGGUUAAUGAAAGGAAACAGAACUUUGACAAAUUUUAACUCUUCUGCCACUCCAAAAGGUCCAGAAAAUAAAGCUAAGUCUGAUUUACAGAGCGAUAUAACAAAUAAAGAAAUCAAAGAUAUAUCUCCUGCAAUUAUUGAGAAACCACAAGCACCAAAUAAAAAGAUAGAAACAAAUCAAGCUGCCUUACGCAAGAGUUCGAAUAGAGGUCGGCUAUCUUCUCAAAAUAUUGGCCAAGCCAAAUCAACAGCCUCAACUGCUGGAGCAAAAAUAGUGUCUUCCAAACCUGAAUCCAAACGUUCAUCUGUUCUAUUCUCAGGUAGAGAAAUCAGGACUGGAGCUUUUCAAAAGAUGAAGUCAUAAAUCUCUCAAUUAUUUA